GGUAAUUUGAAUCCAUUUUACUGUACGUAUUUUGGCUGGUGAUAAUUACUUUUCCAUGAAUGGUCAGGUUCUAGAGACUAUAUAUAUCACGAUUAUGGGAAGAGUAUCUCACAUUCUCACAUUAUGGAAGGAACUUCUCGAACACUUCCUUACACCAUAAGAUUCGUUGGUCUUCUUGGCAGUCAUUCUCUUGGUAAAAAUCAAAAGUUUAUGGCUACUGCAGUAGAUUUAGGAAGAGAAUUGAUAAGGCGAAGAAUUAGUCUUGCUUAUGGAGGAGGCAACGUUGGCCUACAAGGAGCUGUUGAUUCAACAGUCUUUACCAAUGGAGGUCUCGUUAGAGGUUUCAUUCCUGGGUACAUAGCAACACAACGGGUCUACGGACCUACAUACGGCGUAGAGCACACAGUUUCCAGCAAUUACUACAAAUAUUUUGAGAUGAAUCAUGCCGUGAAAGCUUUCAUCAUUCUUCCUGGAGGAGUUGACACUAUGGAAGGUUUGUUCACCUUGAUCUCGUGGGCUUCUGAAGGGUUACACAAUAGACCAAUUGGUCUCUUGAACAUUGACGGUUAUUUCAAUAACCUAAUCAAAUUUCUAGACGAUGCAGUGAGGCAGAACUUCAUGUCUUUGAGUCAGAGGAAACUUUUCAUUUCUUCUUUCUUUGUUGGUGAGCUUUUAGACAAAUUAGAGUUUGCUAAAGCUUUCCCGGGACCUGGGAAAGCCAAUUUGAUUCAUGAUCCAUCUUCAAUAUACUACCUACAUCCAUCCAAGGGGCCUGGUAAUUCUCUAACAAAGUAUGUAUUACGUAGUGAUAACUAUGACGUAUGGGAGAAGGUUGUUUUGCAUGCAUUGGCUGGCCAUGGAAAAGCAAAAUUUUUGACAGCCGCAGGUGUCCCUAAACCCACCGAUGAGGCCGAACUAGGCGCGUGGGAGUCCAACCAUUCCAUCAUUUGUAGUUGGCUUUGCAAUAGUGUCGAUGAAUCUAUUCAACGCAGUGUUAUCAACCAUACGAUUGCUUUUGAUUUGUGGAACGAUCUCAAGAAACGGUACGGUGGUUCCAACGGCCCUCGUAUGUAUCAGUUGAAGUGUGAACUACAUAAUUUGUGUCAAAAAGAUCAGAGUGUUGUAGCAUAUUAUAACCAAUUCAUCACUCUUUGGAAUCAACUUUAUGGGUGUGAAGAUCCAACCGGAGGUUGUAUGUGUCCAGCCGCAGUGAUUUGCCACGCUCGGGUCGAGCGUGAAAAGACUAUGGACUUUUUGUUAGGGCUGGACGAUGAACAAUACGGGCAUGCACGUUCCCAGAUUCUUGGCACCGAACCAAUCCCGGAUUUGGAUCAAGCUUUUUACCUUGUUACUCAAGAAGAACGUCACCGUACUAUUAUCCGUUCUCGUGACGACCGUACAGAUGACGUUGCCUUCGCGGUUUGGCGCUCUCCUAGUAACCUUUCGUGCUCUCAUUGUGGGCGCACCAAUCACACCAUUGAUACUUGUUUUGAGCUCAUUGGUUUCCCGGAACAUUAUGGACGCGGUGGAGGACGUAGUGGAAUGCAACGUGGUCGAGGGGGUCGAACAUCGGGAGGUCGUGGCUAUCCGUCCAGCGGCCGAGAUGGCAGCAGAGGGCCUGCCCGUCCUGGCAGCACCUCCUACAGCAGAUUGGAUGGCAGUGUUUCCCACGGCAGUAACCCCACGGCAGUGCCUCUACUGUCCCAACUGGAAUCUACGUCCUCUUCUUCCCACAUGUCUCCGCCGUCAACGGCUGAUUUCCCUAUCCUUCCCAACUCCGAUCCCGCACAGUUACCGUCCUCACAGCCCUCUGCGUCCCAGCCUGCUGCCUCCCCAGGUGCUUCUCAACCCGGUAGUGGCGACCAGCAACCUGCUGUUCCAGUCCCGUCCACAGAGGCGGCUAGAGCAGCGCCCACUGCCACAGCCCCUCAUCUCCGUCAGUCUUCCCGUGUUCGUCAACCUCCCCAGCAUCUCUCCGAUUAUGUUUGUCAUACUGCUCUUGCGUCUUCUCCCGUUCUCUUUCCCCCCGUUGCAUCUUCCGUCUCCGUUGCCGGAGCAAGCCGUGGUGUUCGCCGGAAGUUUCACCGUUUUUCCACCGGAAUCAUCGUUUCACUUCGAAGUAAGCCCGUAGAUAUAUCUAGUGACUAGAAUGUUCGUAUAGAUCGUUUCUACGCUCAUAAAUGGUCGUUUGGUUGAGUUUUGUGUUUGACAUAUGUGAAGAACCAAGAAUCAUAAACCUUGAAUUUGAUGUUAAAACUUCGAAUUGAUGCCUCUAAAAUGAUCUACGAACCUUGGAGAACAUUUCUAUAUAGUUUAAUUGAAGUUUGGUGACCAAANACUUCGAAGUAAGCCCGUAGAUAUAUCUAGUGACUAGAAUGUUCGUAUAGAUCGUUUCUACGCUCAUAAAUGGUCGUUUGGUUGAGUUUUGUGUUUGACAUAUGUGAAGAACCAAGAAUCAUAAACCUUGAAUUUGAUGUUAAAACUUCGAAUUGAUGCCUCUAAAAUGAUCUACGAACCUUGGAGAACAUUUCUAUAUAGUUUAAUUGAAAUUAUUUUUUUAAGCAAUUGGAAAAGAGCAACCAAAUUUGAACAUUUAUUUGGGUUUAAAACUUCAAACAACAAAGUCAGGAUGCAACAGAUUCGAGCUAUACACGAGCGAAGAAAUAAGAUUCGAAAGCCAAAAUGACGGACAUCAUUUCACACAAAAUCACGCCGGUAGAUUCAAAGCUUACAUGAUGACGGACAGCAGCUCACACAAAAUACCAGACUCACGGUGCAAUUUACGAAAUCAACAAUUAAAAGGCUGUGAAACGAGAUAUUAGACCCAGAUUGAGAAGCUUACCCUUGAAACCGUGGCGAUCUACUCUAUUUCGCCGCUUUAGUUGAAAUCGUUGUCAAUCCGACUCCGUGCUUCUCGCAGCUUUAGAUCUCCUGGCUCGGUCGUCUCCUUAGCUUCAACCUCUGCUUCGUGCUAAACUAAGGGGACGAUAUUUGCUCUUCUGUCCGCUUCGUUCAUCCGUCUUAGACUCUUUCUCGCCUCUCACAUCCAUCUCAAUUCUCAAUCGACUCUUCUGUUGUGUCUGCGAUUGAGAAUGAAACGGGGGAUCGGAG